CAUAGCUAGGUAGGUAGUAAAUGUUUGUUAGUAUUCGCAGUCCUUCGACGCGGUCACCGCAAGACCACCUGUUUGUAGUUAUUUUAAUACUUGAUAUUUUUGCCGGCUCUGUGUUUUGAAAAUGGAGUUACUGACCACGGACGAUGGUAAAUACAGGAUCGAGUCCAUGAGUCCUGCUACGUUAGAAGGUGCUCUGAAUGUAGUAAGAGAAGAUUUCUUCCAAGAUGAAGCCGUUAGUAUUGGUGCUGGAAUAGACAAAGAUCCGGAAGCCGGAGAAGAGUUAAUAGAACUUUGCGUAGAUGCAGUGUUAGACGGACUAUCAUUGGUGGCCGUUGAAAUCGCGAGUGGAAAAGUGGUGUCAGUUGUUUUUAAUAAACUGCAGGAAGCACCAUCUGCAUCUUCGGGAAAGACAUUUUUCGAAACGUUUGCUGAGGAGCGCUGCAAGCGACCAGCCGCUAUUUCCCUGAUCGAUUUCAUGGUAGAUCUUGAUGCGAAGUGCAAUUAUUUUGAGAGGUACGGGGUUGACUGCCUCUGUGAACUGAUGUUUCUUGGCACUCUUCGCGAACACAGACGUAAAGGACUAGCUAAACUUCUCUGCAAAACCUCAGUAGAACAAGCGAAGAAGUUGAAAGAUAAACCUGCUACUCCACUGACAAUUGAGGAUCUUGGACCAAAAUAUGCUUUUAUGAAACCGAGGAAGCCAGUUACGAGGGUACCACAGCUGUGUACCGGGCUAUGGUCAGCGGUUGGUUCUAAGAAGAUAGGAAAGGAUUUGGGUUUCGAAGUGUUGCUCGUUGUGUCCUUGAAAGAUUAUAGUUUUGAAGGAAUACCUUAUUCAGACAGGGUAGGUGUUGUCACCACUUGUGAAGGAGCCGCACUGAAGAUUUGAUGAGUUAUUGUUGCGCAAGACAGUUUUGUGAUACACAAAAAUAUUAUAAAUAUUUUAAUUGUUGUUUAUAAUUAAAAAUGUUGUAUGAACAUUCA